GCGGCCCAGCGUAGGCCCCGCCUCGUUCCUGGGCUCUGUGGCUGUACCGGGAGCAGUGCCGGCUGCGAGAUUUCUGCAGAGCAUCGGAAGGGAGCAAAAUGUCGUCCAGCAGCCAGCCCCCCAAGAGCGGCUCCCCGCUUAGGAAAAGGGCCAGUCUUCAAACGCCCAUCACAGGAGAGAUCCACGGAGGGCCACGGUCGCGCCAGUUACAGCCUGCACGUUCCCUCCCGGGGCCUUCCCACUGCCUGAAACAUUUCCCUGUUGACCUGCGUACCUCCAUGGAUGGCAAAUACAAGGAGAUUGCUGAGGAGCUGUUCUGCCGUUCUCUGGCGGAGAGUGAAAUGCGGAGCGCCCCCUAUGAAUUCCCUGAAGACAGCCCCAUUGAACAGUUGGAAGAGAGGCGCCAGCGGCUGGAGCGACAGAUCAGCCAGGAUGUGAAACUAGAACCUGACAUUUUACUCAGAGCCAAACAGGACUUCCUGAAAAUUGACAGUGCUGCUGACUUACAACUGUUUAAGGAGCAGAGUGAAGACCUGGUGGACCAUCUCCCCAAAGAACGAGAUGUACUUCUAGAGAGGGAAUUCCAGAGAGUCACUAUUUCUGGAGAAGAGACAUGUGGGGUGCCAUUCACGGACCUGUUGGAUGCUGCCAAAAGUGUGGUGAAGGCCUUGUUCAUUCGGGAGAAGUACAUGGGGCUUUCUCUGCAAAGUUUCUGCAAGACUACAGCUCGCUUCCUGCAGGAUCUGUCAGAAAAGCCCUUGGCCCCCAGGAUGUAUGAGGAGAUCCCUGAGACCCCUGUGGCUGCAGAUGCUCCAGUGCAUCCACCAUUCACUGAUCAGCAUCCUUAUGAGAAGUGUGACCCAGAAUCAAUGCCUGGAGACCUAGGGUUUGGCCUCAAGAUGGUCAACGGAGUUGUUCAUGUGUACACCAAGCAGGAUGUCAAAGACAAGACUACAGAACUGGACUUGCCUUACCCUGACCUGCAGGAAUUUAUUGCUGACAUGAAUGUUCUAAUGGCUCUGAUCAUCAAUGGCCCCAUAAAAUCCUUCUGCUACAGAAGACUGCAAUACCUGAGCUCAAAGUUCCAGAUGCAUGUCCUGCUCAAUGAAAUGAAGGAGCUGGCAGCCCAGAAAAGAGUGCCACAUCGUGACUUCUACAAUAUCCGGAAGGUGGAUACACACAUUCAUGCAUCAUCUUGCAUGAACCAGAAGCAUCUGCUGCGAUUCAUCAAGCGGGCUAUGAAGAAGCACCUGGAUGAGAUUGUCCAUGUGGAGAAGGGCAAGGAGCAAACUCUUAAAGAAGUCUUUGAGACUAUGAAUCUCACAGCUUACGAUCUCAGUGUAGACACACUCGAUGUCCAUGCGGAUCGUAACACUUUCCAUCGCUUUGAUAAAUUCAAUGCCAAAUACAAUCCUAUUGGUGAGUCUGUCCUGCGAGAGAUUUUCAUCAAGACAGAUAACAGAGUCUCUGGGAAGUACUUUGCCCAUAUCAUCAAGGAGGUGAUGUCUGACCUAGAAGAGAGCAAGUAUCAGAAUGCAGAGCUGCGGCUCUCCAUCUAUGGUCGGGCACGAGACGAAUGGGACAAGCUGGCCAAGUGGGCUGUGAUGCACAAGGUGCAUUCCAACAACGUGCGCUGGCUGGUACAGGUGCCUCGUCUCUUUGAUGUAUACAAGACAAAGAAGCAGCUGGCCAACUUCCAGGAGAUGCUGGAGAACAUUUUCUUACCUCUCUUCGAAGCAACAGUCCACCCUGCCAGCCAUCCAGAGUUGCAUCUGUUCUUGGAGCAUGUGGAUGGUUUUGAUAGUGUGGAUGAUGAAUCCAAACCAGAACAUCACAUCUUCAACUUGGACAGUCCCUUGCCUGGGAAUUGGAUGGAGGAAGAUAACCCACCCUAUUCGUACUAUCUUUACUAUACAUAUGCCAACAUGGUGGUACUGAAUCACCUCCGCAGGAAGAGAGGUUUCCACACCUUUGUUUUGCGCCCCCACUGUGGGGAGGCAGGCCCUAUUCACCACCUGGUAUCAGGUUUCAUGCUGUCAGAGAAUAUCUCACAUGGCCUCCUGCUCCGCAAGGCACCUGUGCUGCAGUACCUCUAUUACCUGGCCCAGAUCGGCAUUGCCAUGUCUCCGCUUAGCAAUAACAGCCUAUUCUUGAGCUAUCAUCGCAACCCUCUGCCAGAGUAUCUGUCUCGGGGCCUCAUGGUGUCCCUCUCCACAGAUGAUCCCUUACAGUUCCACUUCACUAAGGAGCCCCUGAUGGAGGAGUAUAGCAUUGCCACACAGGUGUGGAAGCUAAGUUCCUGUGACAUGUGUGAGCUUGCACGCAACAGUGUGCUCAUGAGUGGCUUCUCUCACAAGGUAAAGAGCUACUGGCUUGGACCCCACUACCUGAAAGAGGGGCCUGAGGGCAACGACAUCCGGCGUACCAACGUGCCAGACAUUCGGGUGGCCUACCGCUACGAGACCCUCUGCCAGGAGCUGACCCUCAUCACGCAGGCAGUGCAGACUGAGGAGCUGGAGACUAUCCAGGAGGAAGACCUUCUGACCAUGAGCUCCAGCCUGGAUGCUCGCUGAAGAGUGGAUGGUUCACCAGCUCCCAUUCAGCCCCACUCUGGCCUGCCUAAGUGGGGCUGUUCUGUGAUCAUGAAGAGACCUUUGACCACCACCCCACGAACCCUUUUAACUUCCUAUUGUGUUUUUGUUCUGAAGCUUGCCAUUACUUUCUGUCUCCCCUGGAAAGGCAUUUAUGUUUUAUUUGCACUCGGUAAAUGGCUGGGACCAUUUUGGGUGGUAAACGGUUAGAAAGAGGUCUGGGAGGUUGGGAAGAAGAAUCUCUCCUGCGUCUUGAAUUGAACUGCUGGCUGUGGGGUUUAUGAGUGAAGACGGCAGAGUUAGAAAAUGCAUAUGCCAGGGAACUGCUGAAUACAUUUUGGAGGCCUUAGCAUGUGUAUACAAACCCAACACAAAACACCAGUGAAUAAUCUCAUGUCUUGGUUAUAUUCAGAAUGAAUGAGAGACUCUGUAUUUAACUAAGCCAAAGGCUAAAGCAUUGUGACAUUGCCUUCUGCUACCUUGGAUUUGUUUGCAUCUUCUAUUCUCUACUUGACAAUUGCCAGCUGCCAUUUUUCAUUGGCCAGUAAAUUCUUCCUUAUCGUUUGA